AUGGCAGAAGGGGCUCUCAUUGGUAAAUAUCUAUCACAAGCGAGUCAAUUGAAACUCAUAUCGGACUUGAUUCAAAACGAUGAUUUGGGACAGGUACUGGAACUAAUAGAAAGUGCCUCAUUGAAUAUACCUAUUGAUAGCGAGAUUGUUUUUUCUAUCUUUAAAAAAAUAACGGAGCAGGUUGUCAAGUAUGCCAGGAUGAAGGAUGAACAAAGUGAAAUGUUCUCUCCUUCAAGAACUGAAAUGAACGAUUCCCUAAGGACCUCUGCACGCUUACUAUGCCAUUUGCCUGGUGUAUGGGAAAAAUUUCAGACCUGGAUAUCUUACCGACUAAACGAUAUCAUUAGCAAGAACUACAAACAUCUUUUUGAUGAUAAAUUUGGCAAAAUGACUGUACAACCAUUUUUUGAUGCCUUUGCUAAACAACAAAAUGUCGAUGUCGCACAUGAAAAACUGGAUUUGAAUAUUCUUAGUUUGUUGGACUUUUUAGAAGUGGUGUAUCUUUUUGACCAAAGUGAAAAUAGCAUCUCCACUAAAAGCUUAGAUUUUAUCGUAGUUCCAUUAUUGGGUUGCAAUUCCGAAGAAAUUGCUGAAUCAUGCUCCAAAUUAAUGAGAUGGCAUAUAAAAACUCUAUCGGAGUGUUGUAAUGCUGAUGAGAAUUUUGAUAAGCUAGUUUGGAAUUUCAUCAAGCAGUUGUAUACCAGAGAUGAUUCUCAGCAGCCUUGGAAGCAGAAGAACAGUUUGUCGGUUCUUCUGAGAUUCCUCUUGACAUCAGACUUAUCGCCUGAACUUAUUGGUUACAUUAGAACUGAUAUGUAUUGGGAACAUAUUCAAAGAGAACUGGAUCACGAAGUUCAUGAGCACAAAAAACUGGCUCUCUCAAUCCUCAAAUUGACAAUUCAAAAGUUACCAGCUCACACUACAGACUUUAAGACAACCUAUUUUACAUGGAGUGCGACUCCCAGCAUCGACACGCUUAACAGCUGGAAGAAGUUUACAACUUUGUACGAAAUGAUUGCGCUCGAUACAUCACUGAAUCAAAUUGAAGCAGCCAAACAAGAUGUCAUAAAAAUUUUUGACAAUGUGCAUUUGCACCCUAGUUGGGGGCUCAUCUUGCUUUCCACAGGUUUGAAAUCUUCGAUGGAAAGUGUCAGAAAAUACGUGAUGAAGCUAAUGUUUUCAGUUACUCAUAUGUCUGUCUUUUCGUCAAACAUACCUUUGCUGACAAAGACUCUUCUACCAGCUGCAAUGCUGGCUCAUUACUUUAGCGUCAAGGACAAUAUUUGUCCCCAUGGCGAAAGACUAUCAUCAUUUGUCAAAGAUGUGCUCGCUGAAACAACUAAUGAUUUAUCUGAAUUGCUGUCGGAAAUUUUAAGGUUAUUGGUUGAAAAAGCGACUUCUUUUGAUCCUUCUAGAAUAUAUGUGUCUUAUGGUAUACUGGAGUUUCUCCAAAAAAACAAACUAAAAGCAAUUAACUCUGAUCAUUUGAAUCUGAUCAGAAGACUGUAUGAAUUCGAAGGUGAAGACGGGGUCCUUGAAACUACGAUUCAAACAAUUUACUUGAAACUCUUACUAUACAUUGACCCAUGUAUCUCCGCAUCUGAAUUACUGUUUACAUUACUUUCACACAUAAAGUAUAAGAAAGGGUCAUACCAAUAUGUCGAGCCUCUUUUUGAAAAUUACAGAGACCUCGCUGUUUCCUACUUUGACGAUUUACAAGCUGAAGAAAACAUAAUGCCGAACAUUGGAAAAGAUGCCAUUUUUGAUCUCUUGGCGUUAGUUAUCUUCGAUUUCAAAAAUAUCGAAGUCACUCCUAAUUUAUUGAUUGAAAUUGCAAAAUCGAAACAAGAUAUUCCUGAUUAUACUUCAAGUGCAAUUACGUUCUUAACUGAAUUACUUUCUGGUAAUCCUUCCAAUGGGUAUACUUAUGAAAAUGCCACUGUCCUACUGUCUUAUCCAAGUUUUACAAUUUCUACAUGGAAGUCUUUAAAAGUCGAAAAUCUAUUUGAAUCAGUAAAGGAAAACUUUUCUGCUGAAAAGUUCAAAUUUUUUGCUGAAGUUUACAAAAAGAUCAACGAAUGUAGAUUUGACAUUAUUGAACUAAAAUUCGAUGGACUUUUGGUUAUAUACGAAUUGAUUAAGACUUCUGUCGAAAAAGGUUCAAGAGAGAGCUUUAAAGUAAAGGAUAGUUUAUACUCUACUUUUUUUGAUCUCAUGAGCAUUUUUUUGAGAACGUAUGCCUUGAAUCGCGAUUGUUCAAAUCCAGAUGAGGACGAGCUCCACGUAUUGCUCCAUUUGAUUGCGGAAAAUAUUAAUAAAGAUAAUGGAAAUUUUCUCGGAAACCUGGCUGUUUGCAAUCUAAUGUACUUCAUCUUAGACACUUACAUUCAUUGUUCUGAUAGUGUUUCCGCGGAUGAAAUUGCUAUAGUAAAAUUCAUUUUUGAGAGAUUCUCGUCCAUUUGGGAAAGUGUCUGUAGCGAAAGGUUGGUUUUGAAGGAAAGAGAUCUACAACUAUCACUGAUAGGGGGGUUAUUCCAUCCCGCUAUCCUGUACUUUGGUUCGAAACAAUAUAUAGAAAACCUCACUUUGGAAUUAGAAGAACAUGCACAAACGAUUAUUUCUUUAAGUUAUACUAGAAGAAGCUUACUACCUCUUCUUGGAUCACAACUCAGGGCUUUCAUGAAAUUUUACGGGGACUCUUUGAACGAGGGUGUCGACUUUUGGUGGUUGAUUAACAUUUUGGUAAGUACAUUCAAAGAAUUACAAAUGGACGUAAACCUUUUCAAGCUUAAACCUGUUAUUUCCCACUUGUAUGAUCGGAAACUAAACAGCUAUUAUACUAAAGGUGAAGAGCUUUAUGAGAAAGUAUAUGGUCCAGACGAAGUAUUAGCCAGAGUUUCCAUUAUUGAUUCUAUUUUAUACGCAAAUGACCAAUUUAAGGUCCAACUAAUUGAAAAAGUCACUGAAAAGACAAAUGUUCUUCAUGCUAUAAAGAGGACAGACGGCGCUGAAGCGUUACAACGUUUGUUACAGUGGCAGUUAUUACUAUUAUCGCUGCAAACUAUCAAUGAAGGAACGCUAGAUGACUCUACCAUGAUGAAAAUUUUGAAGAGUAUUGAAGAUGAAAGUUCUCCAUUGGUAAGAGUGUACAAAGAAUGGUUUAUUUCUACUAAGGUAGUCGAAUACUAUAAAACAGGUAGUUCUGAAUUUGCUGAGAAUUACCUCUUCUCAUUACUCGAGGAUCACAGCAAACCGGUUUUCGCCGUUAGUGCGGAAAAGAUAUGCUUCUUGGUAUUGAAAGAGUUAAUGAAUGAUGAUGGAAAAUACGGAUUCGACCAGCUUUUAGACAAGUUUCUUUGCACAUUGGUUCCCAACGCAGCCUCAAACAAGCCUCUAGUGAGGCAUUUUUCCAAUUCUCUGGUGAUUUCAUUAUGGCCGGCAUUUGAAAGCUAUCUAUCAAAUCACACAUUAAGAAGCAUCAUCGAGAACUUGUACAUUAAUGCCAAAAAGACUCAAGUCUUUGGUGAAUAUCGUACCGGUGAUGCCAAUAUAUGGGAUUUGAAAAGUGAUAAAAAAUUAACGAACAUGUUUGGUGGUGUCGCCAAAAAGAUUACUGAUCAUAAUAGCCCUUACAUUUCCGAAGCUGUUUUUGAGAAGUAUUUACAAGUCAAAGACACCGUACCUAUCGGCAUCGAUGAAAGGUCAUUGUGGCUGAACAAAAGAGACACCGAUAUAGAUGCUGGCGCUAGCGGGUGUACAGACUCUGACACAUCUCCAUUGCAGACAAAAAGUGGUGCCUGGGAGACCGUUCUUGACCUGGACAAUAAGAAAUCCAACGAGGUCGUUACGCGUUCCGACUUGAUUGUUGUUUCUUCAUUGGUGGACAAGCCACCCAAUCUUGGAGGUAUUUGUAGAUUAUGCGAUGUUUUAGGGGUCGGACUGUUGACUGUGCAAGACAUUAAAGUCAAAAGCCAUCCUCAAUUCAAGAAUGUAGCUGUCACUGCUGAUAGAUGGAUGCCCAUGGAAGAAGUUGCCUUGGAAAAUAUUGCAAGUUUCAUGAAGGAAAAGAAAAAAGAAGGGUACACAUUAAUUGGGUUGGAGCAAACAGAUAAAUCACUGAAACUCGAUAACAGUUUCCGUUUCCCGAAGAAAUCAUUAAUUUUGCUGGGUACGGAAGCAUUUGGUAUUCCAGGUCCUUUACUGAGUGAGCUGGAUUUAUGUUUAGAGAUUCAACAGUUCGGGGUCAUCAGAUCGAUGAAUAUUCAAACUGCCACUGCAGUCAUUGUUCAUUCCUACACCGUUCAACACAUGUAA